AUGGAAGCCAUCCAAUCGAAGUUGCCGACAUCAAAAGUGCAGUGUAGUGAGGACGUGAGUGAAGUGAAAAGUGAUGUAUCUGUGAAGAUGGAGGAGGAUUGUGAUGAAGUGAUGAGUAAGGGAAAUCAGCGGGAGAACAGGCUCACCAGUAUCAUUGACCAGCUGAGAUGUCAGAGUAAGAUGAAAGAUUUUUGCGUGGAUAUUGGAUUGGAUUUUUGGAGAGAUCGAGGUUUUGAUAGGAAUUUUGACAAAUUGAUGACAGACUUUAGAGCGUACCAAAGUGGAUAA